AUGAAUACACAAAGUGUUAAGAAUAUUACUAGCAUAGAAGAGUUACUUUUUUUAUAUGAUUCUUUGAUAAAUGAUGGACAUGUUAUUACAGUCGUGAAUGUCAAAAAUUCAUUAAAACUUCCUUCUGAUUUGUCGCAAAAAUUUAUGAACUACUAUUACGGAAAUAGGAAAGACCAAUUAUCUGUUACAUACUUGGUUGAAGGAUAUAAAAAAGACAGUAAUGAAUACAUUUGUGCUAUUUUGACUCAAAAGGAAGUUUUAGAACUGCAAAAAGAACAAAAUGAAUAUUCUAUAAAAAUUUAUAGCAUACAAUCAAAUAAAAGCAAAAUAGAUUUAUCAGUAUUAUGGAAGCAAGAAAUAAAUGAAUUAAAUAAAGUAUUUGAAAACACUGAUUUAAAAAAUCAACUAUUAAUUCCUCAAUUUUCUGAUAUUAUAUUAGGUGAUUUAGAAGUAAAAAAUGUAGAAAAUAAUUUAAAUUCACAACAUAGUUUUCUUCAAAAUGAAAAAGAAAUCAAAGACAAUAAUAGAAAAAUAAAUGUUAAGGAAACGGAUAAUAAUAAAAACAAAGAUGAUAAUAAUGUAGAUAAAAAGAUAGAUUCUAUAAGUGAAUAUAAAAUUAAAGAUAGAAUCGAUGAUGAAAGAACAAAAACACUUAUUAAAAAGGAGAUCCAUAUUGAAGAUAAAGAUAGUAAUGAAAGCGAACAAUUAAAAAAAAAUAUUGAAAACGACUAUUCAAAAAUUGUAAAUUCAUUUAGAAAUGAAAAUUCAAAUUUAAGUAAUGAUUCUGAUAAUUUUAAACAAAGUUCAAAUGUAUCUAAUAAAAGAAAACUUGAAGAUAGUAAUUCCUAUAAAAUAAAAAGAGAAAAUCUGACAGUAGAUUCAGUGAAUAAUGAAAUAAAUAAACCCAUAUGUGAAGUUAAUUCAAAAACUAUGAAUAAAUCUAAACCUAAUAAAAGUGAAAAUGAAACACUCACUAAUAACAUUUUAAUUAAAAAAGAGAAAAAAAUAGAUGAAUCAAAUAAAAAUAGAAUUGAAACAAAACUAAAGAAAACCAAGUUGGAAAUUAAAAAGACUGAUGUAAAACCAGAAUUGUUUCAAUCUGAUUCUAGUGAUGAUAAUGAGAAUAAAAUUUUAGAAGAAAAUGAAAAACCCUUGAAAACAUUUCCAAAAAUUAAAUCAGUAAAAGAAACACAAAUGUUUUAUGAAAAUGGGUAUCUGGUGACUGUCGAUAAAGAUUCAUGUAUUCAUAUAGAUAGCUCAGAAUCAAAUAAUAAUGAUCCUAAAAAAGUUAUCAAAGAUACUACCUCAUCAAAUAAUAAAAAGAGAAAAAAUCUUCAGCAAACAUUAUUGACGAAUUUUUUUAAAAAGAAAAAGUGA